ACGCAUGGUAUUCGGUCUCAGUUUCCUCUGCCUAGAUUCACAAAAGUGGACGAGGGAGAGCUGAGGUGAGAGGGAUGCGGUGGAUUGUCUGUUGGUAAAAAUCAAGAGAAAAAUGACCACGAAAAUACAGCUUAAAAUCUGCCUCCAGGUCCUUUUAUGGCUUUGGUCUGAACAAGUGCUGCAAGAUGUGGCUGCAGGAAUAAGUCCAACUUCUCAAAUGACUGACUCAUCAGUCUCUGAUGCAAACCUGAUGUUUGAGCUUUUGCUGGGUGGGGUAGAGAUCGACCGGGACAAUAACAUCAUCCUGCUCGAUAAGGAGAUGGCAUCGAUGAGGCUGGGGCGGUCGUUCCUGUCUCAGAUCAAUGACAACAUUCCCAGACGUCUGAGCUCCAUGGUACAGAUGGUGACCACGAUGGAAAGGCAGCAGAGGAGGCUGCUGACUAAGAAGCAGUUUGAGAGUCUGGUCCUGAGCAUGGUGUACUCUGCCCACCAGGCCUGGCAUCAGCAGAGGGAAGAGGAGCAGGAAGCCUGGGGCGGAGUGCUCCUCCAGCUGGUGAAUGUUACGGUCCACGACCUACGAGGAAAUUAUCUCUUCAGCUACGCUUAAUAUUCUGACUGCCUGUUUGUAUGAAACAAAGGAGCAUGCAAUAAAUCGCUUGCUUUAAA